UAUUAUAUAUGUAUUCAUUCACAUUGCAUUAUUUGCCACAUGCUCUAAACCUUCAUUUCACUCAUUCCUCUCUCUUUCUUUUCUCUACCGAAAUUUAGAGUCCUUCAAGAAUGGAGUACCAUGGCAUUCUUUUGGGCAUGGGAAACCCACUUCUUGACAUGUCAGCUACUGUAGAUGAGAAGUUCUUAAAAAAAUAUGACAUCAAGUUGAACAAUAUCAAGCUUUGCCAAGUCGAGCAGUUGGCCAUGUAUGAGGAGUUGGCCAAGAACUACAACGUGGAAUACAUUCCUGGAGGAGCCACUCAAAAUUCUAUCAGGGUUGCCCAGUGGCUGCUUCCAUAUCCUGGAGCAACUAGUUAUAUCGGUUGUAUUGGAAAUGACAAGUUUGGUGAAGAGAUGAAGAAGAGUGCAAAACGUUCUGGUAUUGACGCUUAUUAUUAUGAGGAUAAAACGACACCAACUGGAACAUGCGCUGUGAUUUAUUUUGGCGGUGAAAGGUCCCUUAUUGCUAAUUUAUCAGCUGCAAAUUGUUUUAAAGCUGAGCACUUGAAGCAUCCAGAAAUCUGGGCACGAGUGGAAAAGGCCAAGUACUUCUAUGUUGCUGGAUUUUUCCUUACCGUGUCCCUCGAGUCUAUUAAAGUUCUUGCCAAGAAUGCAGCUGCAAAUAAUAAGAUCUUCACGAUGGACCUGUCUGCUCCAUUCAUCUGUGAGUUCUAUAAGGAUGAGCAGGAUCAAAUUAUACCGUAUAUUGACUACGUAUUUGGCAAUGAGGUAGAGGCUAGAACCUUUUCAAAGGUGCAUGGAUGGAAGACGGAUGAUGUUGAGGAGAUUGCCAUAAAGAUUAGCCAGUUACCUAAGGCCAAUGGAGCACGGAAGAGAAUAGUUGUUUUCAUUCAAGGUCCAGUUCUUCCUGUUUUAGUGGCUGAGGAUGGAAAGAUUAAAUUAUUCCCAUUUGUCCCACUGCCAAAACACAAGAUUGUGGAUACCAAUGGAGUAGCGGACGCAUUUAUUGGUGGAUUUUUGUCACAGCUGAUUCAAGAAAAAGACAUUGAGGAGUGUGUGAGAAUAGGUUGUGAUGCAGCACUUGCUAUGUUACAGAGGCCAGGAUGCUCUUGCCCCACUCAACCCCAUUUUAGUUAAUUUAGCCUCUCUCCCUUUCUUCUUGUUACGUUACAUCUCACCUGUGUAAUAAAACUUUGUGUUGUGUGACACCUGUGUCACAUGUCCAGGGAAGCAUUUCAUGGCCCUUCCAAAAUUUCAGUAUUUAGGUGGAUCUUCCUAUCUUUAUGUAUUUGUCCCUUGUGUAAGUUCCUGUUUAAGACUUCUUUUAGUGAAUUUCCAGGUUUGUCUCA